AUGGGACAUGAGGAGCAUGGAGGGACUUGGCACAUGGAAGCAGCUCAACUGGAUACGCAAAGGAAGAAGGGAGAAGCCAUCUUGAAGACCAGCUCGACCGUCUACUCGACCAACCGGUCGAGUUCCUCAACUCGACCGGCCAAGCUUCAACUCGAUCGAGCUGGAAGUCAAAGUGUAUGCGAACUCGAUCGAGUCGGUCUAACUGAAGACUUGGUCGAGCUAGACUUACAACGGGUAGAAAGAGGAGGGGAAUGGAAACCCUUUGGGCAUGGACUCGGUCGAGCUAGGCAAACUCGACCGAUUGGUCAAGGAGAUGCUCCAAACCGCCACCAACAGAGACAAGGGAUUGUUCCACCACCAGUGCAGAACCACAACUUUGAGAUCAAGCUGGGAAUGAUCAACCUUGUCCAGAACAAGAUGUUCCAUGGAUUGCCAAGUGAAGACCCCAUUGACCACCUUGAUGAGUUUGAUAGGCUUUGUGAUUUGACAAAGAUCAAUGGUGUCUCUGAAGAUGCCAUCAAGCUGAGACUCUUUCCUAUGUCUCUAGCUGACAAAGCUCACCAAUGGGAGAAGAGCUUGCCCCAUGGCACAAUCACCACUUGGGAUGAAUGCAAGAAGGCCUUUCUUGCUAAGUUUUUCUCCACCGGUCGCACAGCCAAGCUUAGAGGAGAGAUAUCCAGCUUCAUCCAGCGAAACAAUGAGACAUUCGCAGAGGCUUGGGAGAGGUUCAAAGGCUACACAAGUCAGUGCCCACACCAUGGAUUCAACAAUGAAUCACUACUCUCCACUCUUUAUAGAGGAUGCUUGCCUAGGUAUAGGGAGAUGCUAGACACAGCUAGCAAUGGGAACUUCCUCAACCAGGAUGUAGAUGAUGGCUGGCAACUUGUGGAGAACAUGGCCAUAUCAACAGAAUGCUAUGGAGAGCACUAUGAAAGUACAGACUGGAGCUCGACCGCACUCGAUCGAGCUGGACGCUCAGAUGAGAAAAGACAUGCUUGCACUCAACUCGAAGUUGGACAAACUGAUCCUAGCCCAAUUCCCUGCCAAGCAUGUCAACUAUGUCUCAGAACAAACCUUAGUCAAGGACCAGGAAGGGGAGGAGACAACACAAGAAGUUUGCUACAUUCAAAAUAG